UGUUACGUAAUAAAAUAAGAAAAUAUGUGAAAUAUAUGUACAGAAGAUGUACAGUAACCAUCACUCUGGCUACCUGUCUCUCAAGGGGGGAGGGGGUGUCUUGAUGCUGGUAAAGGGCUCUUGAUAUGAGGAAUUGGAGCUUUUCUCCCCCUCCUCGGAUCUAAAUGGCUCAGUGAUCACUGGAACACAGCAUAGAGACCCAGACUGAGAGAUGUUAAGCAUGUAUCCUUAUACUAGAUGGUAUAGCAGUAUCAGUAUUGACGAAAAUUAGAUGAUGGUUGCUGAUCUGAUUCAUCAAACUGUUAGUGGCAGCCGUCCGCACCUGAACGCAUGCAUCACAACCCGGCUGAUCAGGAACUGGUUUGAAGACCAAAGAACCACAAUGGAAAUAAACCACAAUGACUUUCUUCAGUUAGUCUGGCUUACAAACACUCACUUAAUAAUCCGAAUAAAAACUUCUGGCCCAGGCGGUGUUAUAUAUAAUAAUGGAAGAGCUAAAUCCGUAGGGGCCAGGAGCUAUGAAUAGGUAGUACAACGCUUAGGAAAUGAGGUAAUAAGGUUCCAGCUGUUUUAGUAUGUCAGUUACUCCAGUGUUAAUCCCCUCAAGGAAGGUUCCUUGAUGUUGGUGAGGGGCUCUUGAUUUAGGGAAUUGGAUCUGUGCUCCAGUUCCCCGAAUUAAGCCUGUAUGCCUUCCACAUCCCCCCCCCCCAGGCGCUGUAUAAUCCUCCGGGUUUAGCGCUUCCCUCUUGAUUAUAAUAAUAAUCCAGUGUUAAUUGUAUCCUGUACUUUUAGUAUUUUCAGCUAACAUUUCGCAAUGUAUUAUGUGCUGGAAUUAAACAUAAAUUAUUAUCAUGUUUAAAGUGUUCUGCUUAGGAGUUCCAAAAAUAUUUUAAAGAGUUAAUGUAAGCUAUACAAAGAGACUCUUGUUAUUGGAACAUAAUAAAGACCUUGCUGAGUGUCUUGUGGAACUCGCAACUUGACGAGUGGGCUGUGACAGACUUGCAUUUGCCUGUGCUGCUUGUGCUCGGUUCUUUCCAGGUCUGCAAGACUACACAUUCACAUGCACUUUCCUUGGAACAUUGGCUCUAUGCACAAAUAAGACUCAGGUGAACGGACCUUGUGGGUAGCAGCAGAGAGCAAGAGCACAGAAAUUGGGUCAUAGCCUUGGUAUUCUCCUCCUUGGUGCCCACAACCUUGCAGUCGCAAGUCAACAGGCUACAUGAGUCCAUACUCGCCAAGCCUAGCUAAUGCUACCUCCAACUCGCUUUCCCAUUCAUCAUCAACUUACCAUCCUACAUCCCUUACCAGGACACCACCCCCUCUGCCACCAGGGUAUUCUCCUACUGCUAAUCACAGUCUGUACCCUUCACAAGCACAAGAAACUUCAACACACUCGCCUGACUUGCAAGCAUCACAGACUCUUUCAGCCACUUCUCCUCCAGAUUACCAUCCUACUUGGAUCCCAAGGGCUCCAACCCCACCCAGAUAUUCUCCUACCUCUCCCACUUAUAGUACUUUUGCACCAGUAGAAUACACUCCAUGUCCCCCAUCUCACACUCAUUCUUCCCCAUCUGAAUCCACUCCCCCUCCCAUAUAUCGUCCUUCUUGGAUUCCAAGACGGAAUCAGACGAGAUUGGAAUAUUGCCCUCAGUCACCCAUUAAUAACACACUUCUCUCAAGAGAAGAAUAUGUGCCAAUUCAGCCAUCACCUGAAGCAUUGGCUUAUAGUCCUACGUCUCCUCCACCUUAUCAUCCUACAAAUAUUGCUAGUGUGUCUCCAGCAUUAGAUUCAGAUUCAGAUUCAGAUAUAGAAAUCUAUUCACCAAAAAAUGCAUCCCCACAAUUUGUACUAUCUUCCUCCAGUAGUCUCUGCUCAUCAGACUCUGAAGAAUCAUCCUUGACUUAUACACCUCACCAGCCACAUUAUAGACCCACUUCACCUUUCAUACAAAUGUCACCAACUUAUUCUCUAAAUUCAUCUUCCAUACAAACUUAUCAUUCUUAUGUUCCAUCUGAAUUAUAUUCCCCAGCAGGUAUUGCUGAUUCUCCUGUCACCAACCCCAACUUGACACCCUCUUACUCUCCAGGAAGCUCAAUAGAUGCUACCACAUCUUUACCUUAUUUUCCUACAUGUGUGUCAUAUACACCCAUUACUACAAGUAGCAAUUCAAAUUAUGUUUCAUCUGAUUUUUCUUUACCUAUUUCAAUGUCACCAUCCCAGUACUCUGUAUCAUCAGCAUCUUAUUCCCCAUCAUCUCCUGGUUAUUCUUAGCUAAUCUGCAGAGUAGCUUAUUCCUUUAAUCUUCCAAAAUACUUUUUUUUUUUUUUAAUUUUACAUAACUGUGCUUAGCAGGUACAGUGUUUUCCAGCUUCAGGUCCUCCAGAAUUAAUCUGUUAAAUAUUCUUAUGGCUCCAGAUUGUACUUUCAUUACUUAUGUUAUUGUUCAGAAUAGAAGGAAAGUGCAGUGAUUCUUUAAUUAACUGUGUUUUAAUAACACUGAUUUUUUUAUUUCUGUUAUAAAUAUUCACAAAGGGAGCUA